GCAAUAACAACGAGAACUGCACUGGAUGCAGUUUCUAUAUGCGGUUUUCCUCACAAAUCUAUGCGUGCGUUUGUUUUGUCAACAAUCAACAUUCUAUUAAAAUGAAAGUUUCCCACAAUGGCCUCUAAUUUUUUGCAGUUUUGGAUUUAAAAUAAGCACGAUCGAAGAAUUUUAUACUAGUUUUGAAUAGUCUGUAUAUAUUUUGAGGGUAUGUAUGUAUCUAUGCUAUAAAAAUAUGUCAAACAAUUUUUGUUAUUUAAUUUAAACAUUAGUAUUUCUUCCUGUUUUUAUAUAAACUUUAUGUGAACAUAUAUGUUGAUGUUGAAGUAUUACGUAUCGUAAACGUUAUUGUAUUGAAAUAUAUUUAAUAAUUCACUGGUUUCUGGUAGCUUGCCGAAAUAAAAUAUCACGUAACAAAAGGAAUUGCUGCACCGUUAAGGAUUUCGUACAACCUUUUGCAAAAAUUAUAAGAAAUUUGCCUUAUUUAAUAGUUAACCACAUAUUAAUAUUAACAGCAUUAACUCAACACUAAUCGAUGUGAUUAUUUACUACCUUUCUUUCCAGUUGAAAACAUGUAAAACCUUACAACAAGACAAUGGUUGUUGAGAAAACGAGCGGUGGAUCCCCUGGUGAUUCCAAAAGGACAUCAUCACCAGUUCGUUCUAGCACGAGAAUCAGAGCAGCAAGAUAUCAGCCUACUGCAAGAGAAACUCCUGUUGUCACAAAACCUUUGCCUCAAAGAAAUUUAAAUCAAACAUGGUCAACCAUGUAUAAACUAAAUAUGCCAGGACAAACACAUGUUCAAAACACAAUAGGUAAAGCAUUUUGCAAUUGGCUUUUCAACUGCAAGCAUGCUUACAUAUUAAUGGUAAUAUUUAUUCUUAACCCAUUGAGUUGCAUUGUGCCCUGAUGCACCCUGCUUUAUUAUUUUACUCUGUCUAACACCAGACGAUUUUACUUGUCAUGGGGAGAGCGCUGGUGCUUAAUGGGUUAACUGGCCUAUCUGCCCAUGUGUCUAGUUAACCCAUUGGGUCGCAUUGUUCCCUGAUGCGAUUUACUUUAUUAUUUUACUCUGUCUAAUGCCAGACGAUUUUACUUGUCAGGGGGGGGAAGAGCUUGCACUUAAUAAUUAUUUAAACAGUAUUCACACUCUGUUAGCAAUACUCUAUGAAGUUAUGUUUUUUUGCUGUUUCUGACCAUAUGUAACCAGUUAAUUUAUAAAUCCUAGAAACUAGUCAUUCUCGUCCAUGUCCACCACACCUCUUGCAAGGGUUAAAGAAUUCUGAACAUAGGGAUGAAACAAGGCAUCAUAUGGUGGGCUCGUUAACAAGGCAUAACAUGGGCUUAAUAAGGUUACAGAGAAAUGAGAAAUCAGUUCUGGACAAAGUUGAAGAUAUGGAUGUCGACAAUCAGUCAGAUCAAGAAGGAGUGUGUUCGGGAGAGGCAAAUGUCGCAGCGACAUCUAGUAACAGUAGCUCUACAUCCAGUACUUCAGAAUUAAUCAGAGGGAAAUCUGUUGAAAACAAGGGAUGUAAAAAAUUUAUAGUUGGACAGAAAGAGGUAAUAGACAGAUUUAGAUCUAGGAUGCAGACGUCAAAGAUGUUCUGCCCAUGUAUGGAUAUGCCACAUAAUUUUCAUGUCGUCUUUGACAUCCACGUCCUAUCAGACAAUUUAUUCUUCAGCUACCCUGGUUCCAGAGAUUCUUGUACCGCCCAUUAGAUACGAGCGAGAAUAGGGCGGAAGAUACAAGAACCUCUGGUAACCAGGGUAUUCUUCAUCUUGCAAAACUGAAAUUUAUCCCCAAAAAAUUGGGAAUAAUUUAAAUAUAUUACUGUCAACUUGCAGCUUAAGAAAAACAGCACCAAUAAGCUUUCUCAAUCUGGAGUAAAAAUUAAGACGACUCAUGAAAAUGUUGCAAAAAAGAAGCCUGUUUACAUCAUUCUUCAUGCUUCAGCACUAAGGGUCGGUCAAUUGGAAGGAAGAGCUUUAAAACCACUCAGAGUAAGUCACAGGUUAACCUGCUUUCUUUUUACACUAAUAUUCUUACAUACUUUCAUCUAUUAACAUACAUUGUAGAUACAAGCUGGAAAAAUUUUGAUUGAAAUGGAACUGCUGUCAAAUAAUAAACAAGGUAAACUCACUAAUAUAUGUCCUCACUUAAUUCAAAGAUAAUCAUCACAAAUGAUCUUGAUUGGUAAAAGCUUUCUCCUAUAUCCUCUAGAAAUCCCUGCUGAACUUCUCUCACUACGCAUUCCAUGCAAAGAACUCUUUGCUAUAAAGGUACCUAAAGUUAAAAUGUGCUCUCAGGGGCGUCGCUAGAGGGGGGAUAACCCCCCCCCCCCCAAACAUUCUGCAACUUAUCGAGUCCCAGUCUGGAAAUUGUUUUUGUAGUCAGCAAAACAUGAAUUGGAUUAGGAAGAAAAAAACCUAAAAUAUAUCAGUUACACUGAUUAAAAACUAAUAUUUAUAGCAAAAAAAUUUGGAAACAGCAAAACUACACUUACACCCCUCCAUUAAAACAGGGCUAGCGACACCCCAUGUGUGUUCUAUGUUUUGCCUGAUUGCAUGUUUAAAUACUAAUGUGACAUCACUUUAACUCUGUUGUAACAUUAGGUGAAUUUAUCAGAACCACCAUUCGUAUUUGUGGCUGUAAUCAACGAGAAUUUCACAAGAACUCUCAUUGAAAGCAGUAAGAAUGGAAUGCUGAACAAAUUGAAAGGUAAUUAGCAUUAUGGGGCAGUGAUUGAGGUCAACUAAAAUUCAAAGCACAUUUCCUGAUAGCUUGUCUAUAAAUUUUGAAAUAUUUCUUCAGAGAUCUUGUCUGGAUCGAUAGGAGUUUACUUCUCUGAAGUUUUGAAAGAAACAGACGUGCAGAAAUACACAAACUAAAACAGCAGGUUAAAUUUUAACCCAGGGUUAGCGCUAACCCACCUUUGAACAACCGUCCCCUGAACUGCAAAUGAAGCAACCACAUCUUUCAAUUCUAUUUAUUUGCUUUAAAGCGCUUGAUACCAUUGCACAGCAACUCUAUUUAUGACCACUAUCUCCUGCACUGACCUAGCUAUAGAUGACACAACGUAAAACAAAGGCUAUACUGCAACACUGUCUACCUAAUACAAAUUCUUUCUUUCAAGGAACGAAGAAAUUACAUGUCAUUGUUCAUCUAAUGUACGACAUCAUUCCUGAUGAUGUAAAUUACCACUUUAAUAGUGUAGGUAUCACCAACCUUUAUAUCACGACAGACUUCCAGUAAUACUAAUCUUAUGUACGUGAAUUAAACAAAAAAUGUGCAUGGCCUGAAAUGUUUUAUAUAUUUUAGUUUCGAAACGAACUUGAAAUGGAUGUAAGAUGGGAUAAGAUAAGGUGUGAAUAUGUAUAUUAUUAUUUUAUCAUAAAUAUAUUACAGUUUCACAGUUAUAAGAUCGAAACGCCACAUUGUUAGAUGUAAUUUUCUAACAAUUCUAGUUCCAUAAAAGCAGGGCGUAUUUUGAGCGGAGAGGAUAGCUGUACUGAUGACACAAACGUCACAAAGGAAGUCAGUUUGGUGGAAGAUGAAAAGAAAGUGGUCAAAGAAAACAGAAAGAGGCAAAUUAACCACAAAACGGAGAAUAACGUAUGCUCUCUUUUGUUACUUCAUUUCUAUGUCAAUCAAAUUUUUAUUAGAUCAUUUAGAUGUGCAUGAUAAUCGCGGAUUAAGAAAUAAAUGCGUUUAAAAAACUCAUUAAUAAUUCAUGAAGAAAAUACAAAAGAAAUCAUGGGCGUGAAGGAGUCUGUAUAUGUGAUACAGAUUCAUGUUGAUUUACAUAAACUUUAACUUUGAUUUUCUCGGCUUAGACAACGUUUAUUUUUAAAAUUACUUCCCCAAUGAACUCAUAAGAUGAGUCGUUUUUUAAGCGUCAUUCGCGUCCGAUACAACACGGCCGCUCAUGUUGUAAAUAGUACAUAUUAUUUCACGUACACAAAAAUUGCUGAAGUCUUGGAGUGGCAACUUAUUAGAGAGGUACAGAUUUGGCUUCCACUACCGUUACCAUUGAUGGACUAUUCAGAACCAAUCAGAUGCGUUUGAGAUCUAUCCGAUUAACCAAUCAGAUGCGUUUGAUCUAUCCGAUUAACCAAUCAGAUGCGUUUGAUCUAUCCGAUUAACCAAUCAGAUGCGUUUGAUCUAUCCGAUUAACCAAUCAGAUGCGUUUGAUCUAUUCGAUUAACCAAUCAGAUGCGUACGUCUAAGCCAGUGGUAUCAUUUGGAAGUCAAAUCUGAACCUCCCUAUUGUCCAUGAAAUGUCAAUUGCUUUAAAAUUAAAAAACUUUUAUAUUGUAGAAAAACUACACAAACAAGCAGAAUGCAGUUAAAAUAGAAAAGGAAGGUAGUUUAUUUCCUCCCAAAGAAAAUGAUAUCUUACUCGACCAAAGCGAGGAAUCACAGAGACCUUCAUCACCAGUCGCAAAACGUCGACGCACACUAAGUAAUAACGAAAGCAUCCCGAAAUCUUCAGAAAGUCAAAGCGAAGAGCGACCGACCGCCUCCGAAGAGAAAGCUGCAGUUGAAAAUAAAGAUACGAUACCAAAAACCCAUCACUCAGAGGUUGUAUCAACGGACGAGCCGGAUAAGACUACAAAACCAAAUGGUCCUCCUUCAAGCGAACGAAGUUUUGAGGAAAAUAGAUUAGAUGCGAGACAAAUUCUUGAACUAGAAUCUUGUAUUGCAGAAAAACAAAGCAUGUUAUCUCAACAAAGACAGAUUGUAGAGUUGCGUGAUUUACAGUUACAGCAAGAACGUGAGAGCGUACGAACGUUACGUGCAUCAUUGCGUGAUGAACAGCGAACAAAACGUGAUCUCGAGGGACAAUACGAGGCGAUCAAUAGCGAACUGUUAGUGCGAAACACGCGUGAAGCUAUUGCUGAAUCUCGCAUGAGCGAGUUAGAACGAGAAUUGUCAGAGUUAAACGUAUCUUUGAACAGUAGUAGAAGUGAGAAUGAACGACUCGCACAAGACAUACAUCAGGUGAGAUAUUUUACUGUGUUUUUCAGUUUACCAAAGAUCUUUUGGAUCAGAGCUAUUAGAAUGUGGACUACCUUGACAGAGUACGGAGAAUCUGCGCUCGUUCAAGACUGUAUUGAAAAGUUAUUAUUUUACAGCACUAGAAACAUCAUACGAUUGUGAAAUCCACGAACUUAUAAAAUUAUCUGUCCUGAGAUGCAAUAGAGCGGGGACUUUAACUAUCUCGAUAAAAUGCUGUUUUUAGUUUCAUAGUUUAUUAGUUAUUUGCAUUGUUUAUUUGUGUAAUUGUCUUUUGGGACCGCAGUAACUGGUCUCCUAGACUGUUGCGGAUACUCAACCAUCGUAUUUUUGUAUAGUAGUCGUGUGUUUGUGUGCGUUUUUUGCGUACAUGAUGUAAAUUAAGGCUAUUUUUAAGGCUCAAAAUCGUAUCCCAAAAAAUCCAGAAACAUUUUUUCUGAAUUUCUGUUGCGAAAACAACGUUUUCUGCCUUGGCGUCUUGACAGCGUACGAAUGUGAAGAGUACCCACUCUUAAAUACAAGCUUGAUCAGAGAUAAAAUGAAAUCAUGUCCUAUUUUCUAGGUACGCAAUCGAUUAACGGAAAGCGAAGAGUCUUUACGAACUGAACGAGAGAGAGUAACGACAUUACAACAAGAAAUUGAAAGUUAUCGAACGACUUUAGAAACAUUGCGUGACGACCUUAGACAGAAAGAUUCAGCAUUAACUCAGGAACGAGAACUGAGAACAGCCGCCGCUGAACGCAAUACAGAGCUGGAACACGAGUUGAUUGCAACAAGAAACGAAUAUGAAGAAAGGAUAGCUAGGAGUAGCGAUGAACAUCAAAGGACACAGCGAGAGCAUGAGGAAUGUAGCAGGCUCCUCAUCUCCACUCGUGAACAACUACAGGAUGCAAACCGCGCACUACAUCGCGCUCAGGAGACUGUUGACGAGUACUCGAGAAUGCAACCACGUGAUUGGACAAUAUCACGUGACGAGAUUGUGAUCACUGAGAAAGUGCUCGGUCAAGGGGCCUGGGGUUGGGUGAAAGAAGGGAAAUUUCGUGGUACGGUGGUUGCUAUAAAACAAAUGCACGAAUUAAUAGUAUCUCCUCAUAACAGACGAUUGUUUGAACGAGAAAUGCAGAUAGCAUCGAGAUGUCGGCAUCCUAAUCUACUGCAAUUUAUAGGCGCGACUAAUGAUAACGGCUUGGCACUACUAGUGACGGAAUUAUUAGACACAGAUCUGCGUGCUGUCCUCGGACAACGGUCGCUAUGCCACGACGAAGUUGUCACGAUAGCCACCGAUGUUUCCCGAGCUUUGAAUUACCUGCAUUUGAACAAACCCUUUCCCAUCAUACAUCGCGAUAUUAGUUCAACCAACGUGUUGUUAUGGAAACGCGAAGAUACGUAUCGCGCGAAGCUCUCGGACUACGGUGCUGCGAAUUUCAUGCGGCAAUGCAUGACGGUUAGUCCUGGCGCAUGUAUCUACGCGGCCCCUGAGGCCGUGACGUCACGACAGUCAACGAAGGUUGGUUGAUAAUUUGAGAUUGUUUUGCGCCUCCCCUGAGAUUUUUUGCACCUCCCCUGAAAAGCCAUGCACCCCCCCCCCCCCUUUGGGAAAGGAAGCUAAAAUUUGACAAAUUUCCUUGUGUUUGUAAGAACUUUUUGAAAGAAACUUUGUAGUAAUGUAUUGAAUGGCAAAAUGGACCUAUUCCCUAAUGAACACAAUUUUGAGCUACACAAGUCUAGACAAACAUUUCACCACGGCUUGAAAGAGCAUCACAAAAUUAGUAAUAUUCCGAAGUUUCGUUGCAAAAUGUUGUAAAAUGCGGAUAAUAUAGCCCUGUGAAGUUUGCCGUUUUUCAGUCAUUUUGUAUUACGCAUGGGAAAUUGAUACCGCUUUCUGAAAAAAGGUAUCAAUUUCCCGUGCGUAAUACAAAAUAUGACUGAAAAACGGCAAACUUCGCAGGGCUAUAUUAUCCGCAUUUUACAACAUUUUGCAACGAAACUUCGGAAUAUUACUAAUUUUGUGAUGCUCUUUCAAGCUGUGAUGAAAUCUUUGUCUACACUUGUCUAAAUCAAAAUUUUCUUCAUAGGGAAUAGGUCCAUUGGAUGAGUUGUACAGUCAUAAUUCAUGAAUACGUGCAUACACCACGUAGUUGACUUUAUGGGGGCAGGGGUACAUUCUAAGCCCUAACAUUCCAUGGGGGGCAUGAGCUGGAUUGCUGCACCUCCCCUAACCAGUUUCCACCUCAACCUUUCCACCAAAAUCCGGCCCUGAUUUAAGAUAGAGUAAGUUUUGAAUCCUGGGCAAACUUGAACAUUUCUCCGUUUGUCAACUCUUGCUAUUGUAAGGGUGAUUUAUACUAUCAAAGUUUCUGUGAUCACAGUAGGAAUUUAGCAUAGGUCAAUUCUAAGUUUUGAAGGAUUUGUAAGAAAUGUUUGAGGGAACGGAAACAGCUAGGUCAGUUGCAAAGACAGACGUUACAGAGAUAGACGUUACAGAGAAACGCCGAUAUUUCAUCAAAUGUUCUCACGUUUGCCCAACAGGCCAACACCGAAAAAAAAAUGUCGCAGAAACGUGUGAAAUCUUGAUGCUUUCUCAAAUGCCGCACUCAAGAAUAAAUUUAUCGCAUGAAUCUGGUCUUCAGCAUAACAUGCGCUUUUCUCACAGAAUUUUUUUAUUUCAUUUUAAGGUGGAUGUGUACAGCUUCGGACUUCUUCUUUGCGAAAUGUGUAUCCGUGAGCUGCCAGUACCUGGUCACACCCGCGAGCAAAUCCGAUUAAUCACGAAUGCACAUCUUCGAGAACUCGUGCAACGAAACACUAACGAUACGCCCGACAACCGUCCGACAAUGGCCGAAGUUCUUAUGGCAUUGUUACGUUUAAGUCCGAACUCAGCACUCGGGAUAGUUUCAAUAAAUAAUAGACAUGCUGUAGUUUAGUUUAGUGUAUAGUAACUGUUCUUAUUAUGUAUAGGCUUAUUUACAGGGUAUAUGUAAAUUUUUAGGGAGAAUAAAGUAUUUAUUGAAGUAUAUUAUUUUUGCGUUUAAAUCAAUUUUAAACAAAUAAGUGCGCACUUAAUUUGUAUGUAAAAUAAAUUUUAUGAUGUUAAAAUCCUAGUGAAUGUGAGUGUGUAUUCGCCCGAUAAAUUUCAACAUUAUUUACAUAAUUUUAUAACAAGGUUCAUAUUAUACUUGCGUGCUAAUCAAUAUGCAGGGUGCUAUAGAAUACUUGCAUGCUAAUCAAUAUGCAGGGUGCUAUAGAAUACUUGCAUGCUAAUCAAUAUGCAGGGUGCUAUAGGAAUAAAGUGCUGGGUACAACAUAUCGUCUCCGCUUGCAGAAAAAAUUCAAAUGUUUGAUUCCAUGAUAGCUUUGAGUUGAGCAAGUGAUUUAGCUCUGUGAUCAAGUAGUAUAUAUUAAUAGAAACAAAAGAUAUACUGUGCCUUGCACGUUGAUUUAAUCCAUCUUUUUUACUUCGUGUAUACCAUUUUUCUCUUCCUUCGGUGAUUCCUUCGUGCCAUUUUGUUUCAGACCAAAUUUGCUGCCUUUCUUUGUAUCACUGAAGCGCAGUAGCACGCGUACUGAAAAGUAACCUGCAACAGAAACAC